AUGGCCAAUAGUCGCAGUUGGCACAUAGUGCCAAAAGUGCUAAUGUUUGCCCUGUACAUUAUUCAGUGCAGUGCCCCAUCCUAUUUGUCUUUAAUCUAUCAACAGAAGAUUGGCUUGUCUUCAUCCUCUGUCGGCAUUAUAUCGUCUAUCCCACCGUUCGUAUGCAUUUUCGCUGGGCCAGCUUUGUCCCUUGUGGCCGAUUUGACAGGCCGUCCUCGAGUUGUUCUCGCUACAUCUCUGAUUGCGACGACGGGAACAUUAUGGAUGUUCGUCUUUCUCGAAUUGACUUUUGCGUCAGCAUGUGGAGUUGCCGUACUGUAUGCAAUCACAAGUGCUCCGAUCGGAUCGAUGAUGGAUGUAAUCGUCCUUACGAUGCUUGGGGAAGAGAGUGUUCUGUACGGGCAACAACGUGUAUGGGGUUCCAUAUCUUGCGGCAUCGUUUCCUUUGCGGGAGGAAUGAUUGUCGAUAAAACAGGGACAUUGAACUCAAUCUUUUUUGUGCAUACCAUCAUGUGUGGAGUCUUCCUGGGUCUGCUCACGGUGGUUUCUAAACCAUGGAAGAACGGUCGCAGAAGGCCAUCGGUGAAACCGAAAGACGUCGCCGAAGACCUUUCCAAAGCUGACAUCAAACGUACGGCAAUUGUUGAAGACCCUGACCUGACGGCAGAGGAGCUACGCGAGCAGUUUGCACUUCCACCUGAUCAGACCGCUCGAUCUCGUCGGACCAGUAUCGUGGAGGCCGCUCGUCGCGCAUCGCGCCGAGCCAGUAUUGCCGCCUCACUGGGUAUUGCUCCUGUGACACCGGAGGAACCAGAAAAGACCGGACCAACCUUUGGAUGGCUACUGGCACCUAACGUUCUUGCCUUCUUUUUUUCUAAUACCCUCCUCGGAGCUGUCUUCUCAGUCAUUGGAAGCUUCCUGUGGAUCUAUCUCACGAACGAGUUAGAUGCUAAUGCAACAGUAAGAGGUCUUACGGGAACAGCUCAAGUGGUCCUUCAGUUGCCGUUUUUCUUCUUCGCCAAGCAGGUUAUGGGACGUCUCGGUGUACGAUGGAGUAUCAUAGUAGCACACGUUGUCACUGUCAUUCGGUUCAUAGCGUAUCCCUUUUUGAAGCCGGGACCACUGGUAUAUGCCGCUUUAGGGAUUGAGAUGCUGCAUGGAUUGGCAUUUUCCAUGAAUUGGACCGCCUCUGUCUCGUACGCUGCAGGAGUCGCUCCUAGGGGAAUGGAGUUCAUGGCUCAGGGUAUACUUGGCGCAUUUUACGGUGGUCUAGGCUCUGGGUUGGGAGGAAUCAUCGGUGGUGUGAUCUACAGUAAAUUUGGGUCUACUGUUCUGUUCUACGGAUGUGCAGGCGUAACAGCUCUUUCGGGAGUUGUCUACUUCGUGGUGCCUCCACGAAAGAUGAAAAUGGACCGAGAUCAGGUUCCCCCAAUGGAGAGGGUUCUUGACAAGCAAGCGAGCAAUAAACUUUUGGAUAUGGAAGAAGGACUGGGCGAGGUGGACCGUUCUGCCGCCCGGCGUCCGUCAGCUGUUGCAAUGGCUAUGAGUUCUAUGGGCCGCAGAAACAGCAUGAUGAAUGUGUAG